AUGCUGCACGCGAUGCGGCCGGUGCUUCUGGCGACGGCUCUUUUCGCCGUCACCGCCCACGCCUUCUUGGGAUUCGGAAAUGGAGCGGCACGCAAAGCUGAAGACGCCAAAUGGUCACACUAUCACAAUCAGGAACAAUUGGAGACAAAGUUGACGGAGAUCAAUGAGAAGUGUCCAGAGAUCUCGACACUCUAUGAAAUCGGACAAUCUGUUGAAGGACGCCCAUUGGUUGUUAUUCAUUUCUCAACCACCCCCGGAGAGCACAUUCCAACCAAACCGGAAGUCAAGUUGAUCGGAAAUAUGCAUGGAAACGAGCCAAUCGGAAGAGAACUUUUGCUUCGUUUCGCUGAGAACCUUUGUGAUGGAGCCGUUAACAAUGAUAAGGAAAUCAUUCAACUCCUCAACUCCACCUCCAUCCACAUCCUUCCAUCAAUGAAUCCAGACGGUUUCGAGCUUGCUCUCUCCACUGAACCAGCUCAACGACAAUGGCUCACUGGACGUUCCAACAUCAAUGGAGUCGAUCUCAACAGAGAUUUCCCAGAUCUUGACAGCAUCUUCUACGAGCUUGAGAAGAUCAAGGUCCCGAAGUUCGACCAUCUUCUCUCCUUGUUCGAGGAUAAUGUCGAUCGACAACCAGAGACAAUUGCAGUUGGACAAUGGACUCUUUCACUUCCAUUCGUUCUCUCUGCUAACUUCCACGAGGGAGAUCUUGUUGCCAACUAUCCAUUCGAUGCUGCCACCGAAGAGAACUCUCAGAAGACCGCCUACUCCGCAUCUCCAGAUGAUGGAACCUUCCGUUGGUUGGCCAAGUCAUAUGCUGACAAUCAUGCUCAUAUGUCGAAGAACGAUCAUGCUCCAUGCGACGGAACUAGUCAAGACGCGUUCGCUCGUCAAGGAGGAAUCACCAAUGGAGCCAAGUGGUACUCUGUCGCCGGAGGAAUGCAAGACUUCAACUAUUUGGCCACCAAUGCUAUGGAGAUCACUUUGGAGUUGAGCUGUGAAAAGAUGCCAGCCGGAUCCCAACUUCCACAAUUCUGGGAGGACAACAAGAAGUCAAUCUUCGAGUACGUCUGGAAGUCUCACUCAGGAAUCAAGGGAAUGGUUGUUGAUGCUCUCACCGGUGAACCAAUCAAUCGUGCCGUCGUCUGGAUCCGUAAUGGAACUGAAUCCACCCCAAUCAAGCAUCCAGUCACCACAUGGUCCGAGGGAGAUUACUACCGUCUUCUUCCAGCAGGAAAGUACGAAGUGAUCGUUGCCGCUGAAGGAUACGAGAUUGCCGCCAAGAAUGUGACAAUUGAGAAUAAGGUCCGUGACAGUGCUCUUGUUGUCAACUUCGCCCUCUCCCCAUCCGCCGAAGAACCAUCGGAGAGUGAACAAGAGCAAAUCGCCGAGCUCGUCAAUGAGAUCACCCGUCGUCGUUAA